UUUCGCCCUCGACUGAUGUCUGAAUCGACCUCGACCUCGACUUCCGUCGCCGCCGCACCCGAGCUCGAAAAGUUCCCCGACUGGUCUCCGUUCCAGGACCUCAAGAUUGCGUCGCACGAGCCGCUGUACGCAGCAGAGCGAGCUGGCCGCGUCGCCUGCCCAAAGUGCCAGCACAAGCGCCUCUUCUUCUGCUUUGAUUGCCGCAUCCCGCUCGCCGAGCGAACGCUGCCGAACGUCGAGCUUCCAUUGCGUUUGGACAUUAUCAAGCACAAGGGCGAGGCAAACUCAAAGAGCACUGCUAUUCACGCAGCCAUCAUUGCGCCGCACCAGACUGCAAUCUACGAGCAUCCCGCCGUGCCGGAAGACAUUGACCCAACUCGCACUGUGCUCGUCUUCCCAAGCAAGGACGCACUGACGUUCGAGGACCUGCCAGACGACUUUGUCGAGAAGGGCGGCCGUGUCAUGUUCAUCGACUCGACCUGGAACCAAGCGCACGGCGUCAACUCCAACCCCGCGCUGGCAGGCAUCCCGCGCAUCAAGUUUACCAGCGAGACGUCGCGCUUCUGGCGGCACCAGAAGGACAAGCCAGCCACCUACCUCGCCACCAUCGAGGCCAUUCACCACUUUUUCCGCCUGCUGCACGAGCGCUUUACGCGCACGCCCUAUGACGGUCGCUACGACAACCUGCUCUACUUUUUCUCUCGACAGUACCAUCGCAUUCAGCAGCACUACGAGGGCGCAGACUCGAAGAAGAACUGGCGUCUCGAAGCCAUGAACUUUUUCCAGCUCCCCGAAGACAAGUCCAAGCGGACCGCGUCGGAAGCCGAGGCCAGCGAGAACGACGAGGAAGAGACACGCCGCACAAGGCCACGAUUGGAAGAAGACAAGACCGCUGAUGAUGCUACUACAUCCGCGACCGCGACGGCUUGAUGUGGGCUUCUCGGCGCCUUGUUGUUGUGAUUUCAUGCGUUUUUGUUGUUGUUGUUUUUUGUACAAGCGCGAAUUUUUAGUCAACGUUCGAACAG